GCGCACCGACCGGCAGAAAAGCAGAGGUCGUUUGCUCACGCUCACGAUUGCUACACCAACCACUGGUUCGACCAACAUUUAUCACAGUCUGCGACGAGAACCGAAAAGCCGGCCGAGGACAGCGUGCUCGGYUUCACCGGAGAGUGCGUGCGAUCGGACGAAGUGCCCGACGGCUCGAUUGUGGGAGAGAAGAAAGCAAAAACCGGUUCGAUUCGUUCCCAGAGUGGAUCGAGACACAAGAGACGGAAUCCGGGAAAGGCAACCGCAACACCAAUUUAUCGCGAUGCCCGGUUCCCMGCUGCCCUCGUCCCCGUCGUCGAUUUCUUCCUGCCGGAUUCUCUGGGCGACCCAAUCCGGCAGGGCCAAGGCGUGUGCCAGACGAACGGCGCGGAUCCUGGGAGAGAGAACCUCGCUGAAGCUAGAAGGCGGCAUCGGCUGCGCCUUUGACGAGACGGCCGUGCCGUUUCUGGAACUGCUCACCGGCAACAAGGCCGGCAAUGCCGACGGCACCCUGUUCCUGAUGUUUGUCAGCACCACCGGCGACGGCGAGCAGUGCGACACGAUUCGAACCACGUGGAAGUCCCUCCUACAGAAAUCCCUGCYCCGGAACCUCCUGGCGGAGGGCAACGAAAAGUUUGCCCUGUUUUGCCUGGGGGAUCGUGCCUACGGCMACCAGUUCUGCGCCGCCGGUCGCAAGCUGGCGGUGCGGUUGCUCCGGCUCGGGAUGCCAUCCUUUUGCGAGGUGGGCUACGGAGACGACAACACGCCCAACGGGGGGGUCUUUCGGGACCUGGACGACUGGCUGGAGGGGGUUUUGCUGCCGGGGUUGCUGGAAUCGUGGCCGAGAGUGCCGCUUGCGGGAGGAGAGAGUGCCGACCGCGAGGCAGCUUGCCGGCCCUUUCGGGUGGAAAUCCUAGGCGAACGGGAACGGGAACGGGAACGAAUCGGGUCCAAUGGGGAAACCACGGAACGAACGACCGCACCCAAGAGCGAGCGAUGCGAAACCGAAACCGAAACCGAAAACGACAAAGAAUCGGAARCRCCGGAAUGGAAACGAGAAUUCUUCAGGGAUUCGUACCGCGAUUACUUUGCGGCAAGGGGCCCGAUCACGGCGUAUUCCUAUGACCCAACCCGGGGCGACAGAACCACCGCAUCUACCGUGCCGGGCGCGAGAGCGGCCCCGCUGCUGGGCAGAAUCGCUGCAAACGACCGGAUCACCGCCUCGGACUGGAACCAGGACACCCGCCACCUAGAAAUCCGCCUCGCGAGGCCGGAGCCGCGGCCGCUGCCCCCUAGCGGCUGCCGCAACGAGGCACGCACCGGCACGCCAAGCAAAGGCCCAUCGCCGUUGCCGUACGCGGCGGGGGACGUCGCAUCGRUCCUCCCGUUCAACUCGAGAGAAGAAGUAAACCGGUUCCUGGGGGUUCUUCCCGACUCGAUUUCGUCUCGUCCGGACGCACCGAUUCGGAUCGAUCUGGACGACUUUUACGCAACCGACAGUCGAUUCACUCGGUGGCCCGGUCGUUGUACACUCCGGGGCUGGCUCACCUAUUGUGCGGACAUCCAGUCACUCCCGGAACGAGAAGACCUGCGGGCUCUGAGUGUCUACUGCGCWMCGGGCGACAACGGUUCUCUGGACCAGAGCAACAAGCUGCGGUCCCUCAGCGAAACAUCGGAAGCGGCUCUCUAUGCCGACUACAUCCUGCGMGAAAAAAGGUCUUGGAUCGAUGUGUUCCACGACUUUGAAUCGCUGCGAACGCAAGGCUCGCGCCUGACGCUGGAGUCGCUCUUGGUCCUUCUCCCUCCGAUGCGCACGCGGGAUUUUAGCAUUGCCAGCUCGCCAUCGAUGGGUCGAAUCUUGGGGGAUUUCAACCGCGGCGGCGGCGUUGGUCCCGACUCCCGUGCCGGCGCAGGUKGMGUGGACGAAUGGUUCUCCAUCGAGCUUUGCGUAGCGGUSGUGGAGGGGAAGACACGCCUCGGCCGGAGCUAUCACGGUCUCUGCUCGAAGUUUCUGUCUCGGAUCGCCCCGUCCGAUGURGGAGCAKCGAACAACGAAUCGUUCUCGUUCAAACCAUCUACCGAAUUGCAAAUCUGGAUCCGUCCUGGUACCUUUGGUAAACUGCCAACCCAGCUAGCGAGCGAUGGCUCGUCGUCCUUUGAGGUACCGAUCGUGUGCGUGGGUGCCGGUACCGGGAUCGCUCCGAUGCGAUCGCUYMUCUUGGAACGAAUCGCCGUGCGAUCACUGGCGAUAAAGCGAGAGACAAGAGAUCGAUCCGCCAGCGAUUGCAAGACSGACUCGGAAGAUCCCGGAUUGUCCUUUGAUAGAAAUGACAACAUCCUGGUGUUCGGGUGUCGGAAGCAAACAGCAGACUACUAUUACCAAGACGAGUGGCGGGCACUCAGCGAAGAGAACAACAUUCGGAUACUGACUGCAUUCAGCCGGGACCAGGUCCGAAAGAUUUACGUCCAGAAAGUAUUGCGCGACGGCGAUGACGGUGCAUUGAUCGCGAAACACAUCCUCGAACGGGGAGGCGCUGUUUUCAUUGCCGGCGGCCCGAAAAUGGCCCGUGCCGUAAAACAGGAAAUAGUCGAAGCACUGUCGGAUUUGUUGCCGGGCGGGGAAAAGCAGGCAAAUCAGCUUCUGAACAAGAUGCAACGAAUCGGACGAUUCAGCAUCGAGGCAUGGAGUUGAGUCAACGGACGAGGCAUCGAGAAUCAAUCACCUGCCAGAUAUCGURUCGCAAAGCCAACUUUGUGCAGUUGUAGAUGGUGUCCUUCUUUCAUUCCAUACCGUACUUUGGAUAAAGCUAAAGCACCCAC